AAUAAUCGAACUCUCAGUUACUUACCCCCUGGGUCGCUGUACUUGUUAAUGGCUACCAUACCGUUAAGCUGCGAUGUCUGCAUCAAGACGUUUUCAGGACAUGUCCCUGCCCAGCAGCACUUCGCCAGCGCAGAACAUAGACGGAAACUGGAAAAUCAGUCUCGCUCAAAUCACAGUGGGCACUAUUGCAGUGUGUGUAAGAUAAGAUGUGACACAGCUGAUGUAUUGAACAACCAUUUAAUAUCACCGAGACACAAUGCAAUGGUUGAAAAGCAACGCGGCAUGGAUUGCAGUUCGAGAUCAAAUUCGACGCAUUCAAAAGAUCGCUCUACUAAUAACGAAUAUGAUUUUGAUGGUAAGCGAGGCUUUUGUCAUGUGUGCAAAUUAGAAUUAACAUCACCAUCCCACGCAUCAAGUCAUUUAAAUGGUAAAAAUCACCAAAAGAAAGCACUGCAAUGGGCCGUAAGAAACAACAAACCAGCAUCGACAACCAACACAAAUUCUGAGAGAUGCAAUGUUUUUCGUAGGCUCGAUUAUCAAGACAAAACUUUCGUAAGAGAAUCAACUGAAAAUACAGGUCAGCAAGUGUCGGGGGCCGAGGCUUAUUCUCGAGAUCUGCCUUUGGGAUCGGUAAGCGAUUUAUUUCGUGACGUAUGUAAUGCCGGAUUCACUGGGCCCGAAACACAAGAUGCGCAUAUGAUUGGAGAAAAGCACAGAAAUGACAAUGGAAGAUUUGAAGCAGAGAAAAGUGGGGCUGUACAGCCGUUGGGUUGUAAUGCAUGUAAUAUUAAUUAUUUCUCGGGGCCGGAAAGUGCCGACGAUCAUUUUAAAAGUCAAGCACAUGCUAAAAACACAAAGAACAAUAAUAUAAAGAAUCGUUCACCAACCAGCGAUUCUCGUACUUCCAGUUUUAAAAAUGUCAACAUCGACCGUGCUGAAACAUUCGUAAAGCAAGAAAUGCAAGCGUUCAAGCCAUUGGUACGAAACGAUAACACUGAUGACAAUACAUUGUCGACAGUAAGCGAUUUGAACAUAAAACCUUUUGAAUCUGAUCGUCAUGGCAAUCGAGGCCUAAACUUUGAAAGACAAGAAAGCAGGGAGACAGAUGAGGGAAAGAUCAAAGAAGACAUGCAAUCUACCACAACAGAUAAUUUAAGUCACUUGAGUUUGAGUUCGUUUGAAUCUGACGCUAGUUCUGGUCGAAGCAGCAGGGUCACUGCUCCUUUUCGGGUUGUUGUAAAUCCAGUUGACAGUUAUACGACGGGUAUAGGGAGAGGAAGAGGGGUUUUGGAUAUACUUGAACAGAGACAGACAUUGUCAUUAGGAGGAAUGUUUCUGAAAACUGAACGAGAAGACACGGCUCUCAAACAAGGAAUGAAGACCGAGGUCAGUGCCAGAAAUGUUUCAAGCUUUAAUGAUACUGUAAAGUUGAGUGCGGUUGAACCGGUAUAUAGACCACUAAACGCGAGGGAUAAUUUAGUGCCCUCGGGAAUAAAUGGUUUAUCAAACUCCAAUCGGCCAAUGUUUGAAAACGCCAGUUGUUCACAGGCAAAUAUUUAUUCUCAGCAUCGGAUUGUCUCUUCACCUUCGGACAGCGACGGCAAUCUCAGUAGCGAAUGUAAUAUCUUUGAUGCUGGAAUGCAGGUACAUCCAAGAGGAUCGUAUUUGUCAUAUUUAAGUCAAGAACCAACAUCAGCUGCUGAACAGACACCAGUUGCAGAUUACAAUUUUGAUACAUUAACUGGAACAGGACGAUGCUUUUUAUGCCGGGUAGAUUUCACUUCCGAACAACAUAUGCAACAACAUGUUAGCGGAAAGAACCACUUGAAGGCGCAACAACAUAAACAGACAAGAAGGCCAGUUAGCACUGUUAGCGUAGCGGAUCUACAGCCAUCAAAGAGAGUUUUUGUUUGCGACGCUUGCAGUGUCACAAUAUCUGGUUAUGACAACUAUCAGCAACACCUUCAAGGUGCGAAACAUAUGAAAAAUACGACUACAAGUGCUUUUGACGCGAUAGACAAAACCAUCUGGCACACGUGCUCUGUAUGUUUUACACAAUGCAACACGUCUGAGCACUUACUCAUUCAUAUGAAGGCGAAGCAUGCAAUCGAAGAAAUAGACGUGCCGGUUAAGGUUUUCUAUUGUGAUAUAUGCAAAGUUCCUUGCUCUGGAGAAGACAAUUAUAGGCAACAUUUAGAAGGAGCGAAGCAUAGAAAGGCCGCUGGAAUUUCAAGUGAACUACCGAUAAUAGAAUCGACAGAUCGAACCGCUUGGUGCGUAUGUCCGACGUGUGGUGUAAAAACAAACACGUUCAAGCAUUUAGAGAUUCACAUGCGUUCCAAACACGCACAAGACGCUGUUCAUCCAGCAAAAGGCAAUCCUUUCGACAAGACUAGCUGGCAUAAGUGUACCGUCUGUGGCUCGAAAGCCAUCACCGUUGAACAGCUUCAGACGCAUAUGAUACAAACUCACCAAACAUGGGCUGAGAACUCAAAAAAUGCAUCACAUGAUAGAGAUCAUAUUGGGGACAGAUCAAACGCUGGUUAUAAAUCGCCACUUGACGAGUUCCUACAAGAAGAACUGUUUCCAGCAGAGUAUUUGCCAACAGAACUUAAAGAUUGUCAGUCACACUACACAAAAUCAAGAAUUGAGCCCGAAGUAACAACAACACGCGUGGCUCUUCUGCACAAAUAUGCUCAAGUUUUGGAACAAGAUUCUGGGUCUCCUACUGACAACUGUACAAAUAGUAACGUUAAACGAGGUAUGCCUUCAGACCUUGCAUACGCAACACGGAACAAAAACGUUGGCAAACAGGAAAGCAAUUUUAAAGCAGCGACAGGCGUAUAUCAUCCGUCAAAAAGGACUGAAGCCUCGACCUGUACGAAUCCCUAUGCUGCUACACACAACUACUACUGUCACACAUGCAAGGCGCCUAUGAACACUCAAGACAGUUAUGAGGCGCACAUGAAAGGAAAGCGUCAUCUGUCGAAAGUGUGCACGGAGCCUGCCCCUGUGCGCGAACAUCUGCCUGCAUUGGAUUUCGCAUCAAAUCAUGUUCCAUACACCGUCAGUAAACCACGCAACUACCAGUUAGAGCUGUACAGAAAAGCAAUGGCAAAUGAUGUUCUUGUUUUCCUCCCUACUGGCACAGGUAAAACAUUGGUAUCAGUGAUGACGAUCAGCGCGAUGCUUGAGAAGUUUCCAACGAGGAAUGUGUUGUUCCUUGUAGACAAAGUGCUUCUCGUAUUGCAACAGUCGAAAUACAUCCAAAGGGAGAUUGGAGAAAGAUCGUUUUACAGAUUUAAUGAUGAAACAGAAGACUGCACGGAGCUUGUAGAAAGACGCUUACGCAUUGCGGCCCUUUGUAUGGGUCAACAGUCGACAGGUGGCGUACCUCUGUGGAAACAUGACGUCAUUGUUGUGACGGCAGCGUUUUGUCAAAAUCUGUUAGACAAAGGUAUUGUCCGUUGGGAGGAUUUUAGCCUAGUUGUAUUUGACGAGGCGCACCAUUGUGAUAAGGACCAUCCAUUUAAUCAGCUACUGACCAACUAUCAGCGGAAAGAAAACACAAUUAAACCAAAGGUAUUGGCUCUGACCGCUUCACCGGCUGGUAAAAAGAAUGUACAGGAAAGCUUUGGAAUGCUUGUAAAACUUGUUGAAAACUUAGGCAAGGCGCGCAUGAGCAUUGUUGAGGAGCCCAAGUGUAAAGCCACUCUAGAGAGCUAUCAGUCGAAUGCUAACAUGGAAACACGGACACCGAUGGAUGGUGAAGAGGACUCGGACCAAGACUCUCAAUUUGGUUUUCAGAAGAGCUUUAGUAAGGAACUCAAUAUAUACAUCAUGUACUGUGUGCUAAGACUCGCAGAGGUGUCGGAUAUAAGAAUUUACGUGGCCAUUGACAAAAAACUGAAACCAGGCACUGCAGAAGCUGUGAUACGAAUGUUAGCUGAUGAUUUUGUUUCCAAAGAGCUAGAUAAUAUUCAGAACAGCUUGAAUGACAUUAAGCCAAGCAGCAAUAUAGAAGAAGUUCAGUUCUCCAUGCUUAGAUCUCACACACAAGGGGUCUGUAUGGCCCGGAGUAGUCUGCUGGAUGGUGGCGUUUACUGUGCUCUAAGAGAUCUCGAUGAACUUGGAAAAGCAAACUUCAAUUUUGCCAAAUCAAUCGGCCUUCCAACCGAGACACUAGUUGAAUUGCAAAUGUGCGACAGGGACCUAUUCUUCAUUGAAUCCCCUCCAGUGAAUAUGCCGAACAUGCCGCUCGAUAAUCACGUCAAACAUUUGAUCGACAUUUUGACCGGUAUCGAACGUGACGAUUCAUUCUCUGGUGGUAAUACCAUAUCACUUGUGCUAGUCCAACAAAGGGGCACGGCUUUCCAUUUGACAGACCUGCUAAAGCGGUCGGAGCGUAUGCAGCGAGCGGGGCUACUCACUACCACAAUGGUAGGCCACGGAUCGACAGGUUCCAGUGCUGGGGGAAUGAGUGUCAAGCAACAGAAGAGCGUCUUGGAAGAAAUAAAACAGAACAAGUAUCAGGUGGUCGUCGCCACAUCGGUCGCAGAGGAAGGCGUUGAUUGGCCGGAAUGUGACCGCGUGAUCAGCAUGUACCCGCCCAAAACUGUCACUGCGCUUGUGCAGAUGCGUGGGAGAGCGCGCAAGAAGGACAGCAAGUUCAUAGUGCUGUGUACCAGCAGUGCGGAGGAGGGAAAACUGACCGAUAUCAUGGAAAGAGAGAAAUACAUGAUUGAGGCCACUGCUAGGCUUGUUCAGCUGCAGAAAAACGAGGAGUGCAAUAUUGUCGUUCCAUUGCCUGCAUCUACGUCCCGCAUUGUCACGCGUCUUUCACCUGCAUCAACGUAUCGAAACCUGAUGACUAUUCCUACCAGAACAGAUAGCGUUCAAUUCAUGCAAAGUUGUUGGCCCAUAAGUUCAGGCAUAAGUGAAAUAUCACAGCGACGAGUUGUGGAAUUUGUAGAGGAGAUACGUUCAUCGCGAACAUCAAGGCAGAACAAAAGCACCCGACGAACAACGUCAGUUCAGACCACAUUCAUGAAAGAUAGAUCAUACCAAGAUAAUACUGGAACCAACCAAAGAGCAACUAUCUCGCAUCCGACUGGGUCGAAGAGUCAAGGGAAAAUUCGAAAAACAGUAAUUCAGACCACCUUAGAAGAUAGAUCAUACAAAGAAAACACGGGUAUCAACCAAAGAGCAACCAUCUCACCUUCGACGUUAAUGACAAAGAAAAGAUUGAGAUUGAAAAAAAGGCAAAGAAGUCAUACGCCCCAACUUAUUAGCUGGCCAAGUGAUGAAUCUGAUGACGAACAGCACAGAAAGCGAGCUAGAUUGGAAUCACCUGGGUUAUGGCGAACGAGUCCUGUUCCACAAGCGGCAUAUUUAACAGAUCACAGGUCACGUGAUUGUUCCCAGUCUGUUCGAAAACGAACGACAGGCAAAUCAGCAGGGCGAAGGAGUUUUCUUUCACAAUUUGUAGCUGAUCCCAGGUCGCGUGAUGGUUCGGAUCAAACUAGAAAACGAAAAAAAGAUGAAUCACCAAUAUCAAGACCAUUAUGUCCCGUUAAGAGUCUUCCGCCCCCUCCAUGCUGCACACACCGUUAUUCUGAUUCUGAUGAGGCCGUGGAAUGCCAAAGGUUUUUCUUUCAUGAAACUCAUAAUGCAACAUUGGUUCUAAACCAAACGCGCAUCGAACGCUGCGAUGAACAUACAGAAUCUAAUGGAACUUUUACAAGUAUUUAUGCUGAAGACUACAGCUGGGAGUCGGAAAAGAACAAAUCAAAGCGAUCACGCAAAAGGAAUCAAAACAGAAGAAGAAGAAAACGUGGGUCAUUAGCUCGAUUGCAUAUAUUACUUCAAAAGAACAGAGUUGACUUAACUAAAAGACUUGCCUCGCCCACUCUUACCAGUGUGUCUGACCGAACACCAAGUUUGCGAUCAAACACGAUUGAAAACAUACUAACAGAUGACAUUGAAACAAGUUUCAAAAGUAGAUACAAUUUUGGAACUACCUCAACAAGGUUUAAGAAAUCCCGAAAGAGAAAUCCUGAAUAUCCAAAGGCAGCUUACGGAAGCUCAUUGGUUCGACAGUCGGCUCUUUUGUGUAACGAUUCUGACGGUGCUCUCUCACGAUCACAACGAUAUGUUGAGAUGACAAGUAAGGAUAAAGGUUUGAUGAAAAUAACGUUCACCAACAAGAGGAACUAACCUCCAGCAUCAUGAUAAGUAUCAGUUUCUUAGUAAUUACGGAUGAUUCGUUUAUGUAUUGAUCUAAAGGAAACAUCAUGGAAUAAUCAAUGAUUGGGCUUUUGGUCUCGUUAUAAGAAAAAUUCCAUUCUAGCUUAAAUUGAUUCUACCAUAUAAUACAACACAUUCACAAUCGAAACAGAAACCGAAAGUUAAAAUUAACUGAAAAGAAAAUAACACCACUGACUUCGGAAACACACCAAAGAACCAUACAUGGCUGUAUACUGAAAAUAAGAAGUCGUGGUGUCACAUCGUUAAUAUAUAAUAUCUUUAAACAUUGAUAACAUG